CCUGAUUGGAGAACUAACCAAUUCCCUCCCCGUUUGGAAACCAUGUUUUUUACCCUCCACAGCAAGUAAAUGAUUCCAGCCGCAGCCUCCACUCCGCUAGCCCCAUCCAUCCAGUCCGACCUAACCCGGCAUCUGUUCGACGUUCGCACUUCGCAGGCCGCUGCCGCCACUCCGCCAGCCGGCAUCCGUCUGCUCUCCGGCCUCCGUCCACAGCUCCGCAGCUGAUAUUCAUUGCUGAGUAGAUACUAGAUAAUGGCAGAUGAAGAUAAUAGAUCUAGAAGAGAUCGCAGGAAGGAAGCUCGUUUAGCGAAGAACAAGAAGAAGUUUGAUUCAUGGCUUCAACAUCAUCAUAAAUCAUUGCCAGUUUUGAAGUCAAAGCAUGCAAAAAUACAGCAGGGGAUUGUAGGCCCAAAAAGUAGUGAGGCUAUGUGCAAGGAUUCUGAUAGUGAAGCAGAACAUAACAUUGAGCUUUCUCCAGUAGUGGAAAACACAGAAGCUAAGACAAACAAUUUGAAAAGGAAAUGUGACUUAAGUUCAAACACAACGUUCAAUGAAUAUCUGGAAAUGGAGAUGACAGGAAGGGUUAAUUCUGCAGAGGAUGAUAUGAGACUGGAAAGGAAACUUGCAAAGAAACUCAGAGUCAAGGAUGGGAAACUGAGUGGUGAUGAUAUUAAUAUGUUACUUGAAGGAAUUCCGUUUGUUCUUAACUCUGUUGGUGAAGUACAAGAAUUUCCAAAGGGUAAAAAGAGUCACACUUACACGAAGAAGAAAUUAGUGGAUGUGGAUGUGAAUGUAGUGGGUGAAGUAGUUGAUAAAAGGGUUAGAAAAUCUGAUUCUAUAUCUGCUAGCUGCUGCGAUGACUAUAAUCAUAUAGAGGAAUUUGACGGGUUAAAAGAAUUGGAUAAGCCAAAAAAGAAAAAAACAAAAUUUGAAAAGUACCUUGAAUUGGAAAAUGACACAAUUUCAGCUGAGGAGGAUCUUGCUUUGGAGAAAAAGCUUGCGAAGAAGCUCAAGAUUAAGGGAGGAAAAUUAAAUCGAGAUGAUGAUGGUAUUAAUACGUUAUUUGAUGGCAUUCCUUCUGCUCUUGAAUUGUUUGAGGGUGAAAAACUCCAAGGUCCUCGAAAGGUUUUGGAUGAAACAUUGCAUAGAAAAUCUAAAAGCUUGAAGUCAGUCAAGCAAAAGCAAGUCAUAGAAGGAGAGCAAGAUCAGGAUCAGGUGUCUGUAAAGACAACUGAUAAAGCACUUAGAACAUCUUACCCAGCAACAUCUUCAGGUAUUGAGGUGGGACUGGGAAAACUUCUUUCUGCUCAAUCUGCAUUUGGAGGAAAUACAAAAUAUAUUGCCCCACACUUGAGAUCUCAUAUGGGAAAUGAAUCACAGCACCAUGCUCAAAUUCGUAGACGAGUCCGAGGUCUUUUGAAUAGGCUCUCUGAAUCUAAUGUGGAAUCAAUCACUGGUGAUAUGUCUACAAUCUUCCAUACAGUUGAUUGCAGUCUUCGUUCAUUAAUUAUAAUUGAAGAGGUUUUGGCAUCAUGUUCCGGAGGUCCACGUGGCAAUGAACAAUAUGCAGCAGUAUUUGCAUCUUUUGUUGCUGGCAUGGCUAGCUUAGUUGGUAUUGACUUCAGUGCCAAGCUUCUAGCUUCUCUGGCAAGAAAUUUUGAGGAUGAGUACCUGAAAGAAGACACUAUGUCAUUGCGGAAUCUGACUCUUCUAUUUUCAUAUUUGUACACAUUUGGCGUUUUCUCUAGUGACUUAAUGUAUGACUUCUUGGUAAUUCUGAGUAAGAGACUGACAGAAGCUGAUGUUUCUACAAUUUUGGCAGUCUUACAAUCUUGUGGUAUGAAAUUGAGAGGUGAUGAUCCUGUUGGUAUGAAGAAUUUUAUAAUUAGCAUUCAGAACAGGGUUAAUGAAUUGAAGACCUUAUCUAGAGAUGCACAAUCCAGUCUUGACAGCAAAAGGAUGGAGUUCAUGCUUGAGACAAUAUGUGAUAUAAAAAACAAUAAGAAGAGGCCCAAGGAGGAAACCAUGCAGCUUACCCGAAUAAAAAAAUGGCUACAGAAGCUCAGAGUGGAUGAUAUUCUACUUCGAGGAUUAAGGUGGAGCAAGCUUCUUGAUCCAGAUAAGAGAGGUCAGUGGUGGUUGUGUGGGGAUUUCAAUGUGAAUUCUAAUCAAAACAAUAUUAGGGAGGUUGCAAACACAAUUGACAUGGAGGUCGUUGAGACUCAAAAAAUGCUCCAGCUUGCUGCCACACAGAGGAUGAACACAGAUGUGAGGAGAGCAAUUUUCUGUGUAAUAAUGAGCGGUGAGGACUACAUUGAUGCAUUUGAGAAGCUUCUAAGAUUGGACUUGCCUGGGAAGCAGGAUAGGGAGAUAAUGCGAGUUCUGUUAGAAUGUUGCUUACAGGAGAAAGUAUUUAAUAAGUAUUAUUGUGCACUAACAUCUAAGUUAUGCAGCCACGAUAAGAACCAUAAGUUCACUCUGCAGUAUUGCCUUUGGGACCAUUUCAAGGAAGUGGAGUCGAUGGAACUGAUGAGAUCAAUGCACCUCUCAAAAUUCGUUGCAGAGAUGCUCGCAUCUUAUACUCUUUCCCUUUCGGUCUUAAAGGUGGUUGAUCUAGGUGAUGUCACACAAUUAACUCCAAAAAGGAUUAUGCAUUUCCGGAUGCUUUUCGAAGCCAUCUUUGAGUUCCCAGAUAAACUUGUAUGGAACAUUUUUACUCGAAUUGCUUUGCCAGAGCAUGAGUCCCUUUGUAACGGGAUUGUCAUCUUUGUACGAGAAUAUGUUGCAAAUGGUCACAAGUCUCUAGCAGGUAAAUUCAAGAUUGCUAAGAAGGCCAUUAACAAUGUUGAAGGAGUACUAAUGUGAGGCAGCGCUGAUUGGAUUGGCUAAUGAGAUACGACUUUUGAUGGUGUAGUAUCAAAUAUCAGGCUAGCAGAUCCCUCAUCAAGUUUUCCAUGAAGAUCUGCAUCAACCUACGUAGAAAAUCUCAACAGGUUGAAUUAUCUAAAAAUAGUAUUCCACAUAAAUUCUAAUUAUAUAAUUUCAUGUCUGUUUUUCUUCACAGUUUACCCACUCCCAUCCCUCCUCCUUUUCCAUAUGAUAAAGAUAUGUAGUGAAGGUCUAAAAUUCAUGUUACAAAUAAUGUGUAAUUCAGUGUUGUUAAGGCGUAAUGUGAAAUUCAGUGUUGUUAAGGCGUUUA